AUGGCGAAGCCCCCUGCAGCUCUUCCCGGGUCAGUUUCCCGAUCAACCAAGAGUAUCAAACCUGCCGCCAAAAGUGAUGUGCCCAAGUCAUCGCAGCCAGAAUCGGAAGGGCGGAGCCACAUGCCGGGCAGUGCCGGUUCCGUCAUCACGUCGUCCCGUCUGACUGCGACACGGCUUGCGGACGACACCGGCAACCCGACGCCAUCAGAGACCCCGGUGGAGAGCAAGUCCGCGUUUGGGCACGGCCGAUUCCAGAAGACUAUGCUCCUCUGCGCGCAGCUGGCAACCAUGCUCGCCUACUCCUACAGCUUCACACUAUUCAUCGAUUUCGAGCCUGCAGAGCACUGGUGCGCGCCUCCGGAGCAGUUCGCCAACGUAUCUGAGGAGCAGUGGAAGAACGCCGCCAUACCACGUGACACAAAAGGCGGCUUCAAACAGUGCCAGCGUUACGACCCACUUGUUGCGCCUGUUUCCCAACUAGCGACAACGCCGUUUCACUCUGGAAACCACAGUGGGGGACCACCUCGAAGCCAGCGCGCAGCCCCCCGUGGCGGCAGACAGAACCAACGCCAGCGAGCCAGCGUCUUGGCCAUACCAUGCGUGGGCAUAGUGUCGGACAUCUUUGGUCGCCGUCUGGUUCUCCUUACGGCCUUGGCAGUGGUGAUAGGCUCGGGCGUGGCUACUUGCCUAGCAAGCUCCCUGGUGGCCUACGGAAUUUUACGCUGUUUGUCAUCGGCUGCCUGCAGCGCCAUAGAAGUGACAUCGUUCAUUCUGCUCUUCGAGAGCACGCAGCCUGGACCGCGAGGCCCGUACUGCGCAUUGGCCAUCUGUUGGCCGACGCUUCUGGCGCCCAUAUACGUCGCCGGCCUAGCCAUUGUAAUUAAGGGCUGGGUCAUCUUCAACUUGUUGAUACUGCUGCCGUCGGCAUUCCUUCUGGUCACGGCGUGUCUGGUCGAGGAAUCGCCCCAUUGGCUGCUCGUCAGCCUGCGCUUUGAAGACGCCGAGCGCGUGGCUCUGUACGCGGCGCGAUUCAACGACGAGGACACGGACCGGGUGCGCAUGCGCAUCGACGCCAUCCGCCACGCAGCCAUGCUGAAACGCCCUCCUGGUCGAGCCGCUUCCUUUCUGGAGGCUACCAAGCGCUCGCUUGCAGCUACUUUUAUGUUCGGCGGUUUGGCUCGCCGAAGUUUUGUGCUAAGCGUCGCCUGGUUCACAUUGUACCUUAUCUACUAUGGCGGAGUGGCAACCGAUGAGAAGUCUGUGAGCCACACCUACGAGCUUGCCAAAUGGGUCGUGGUGGCCGGAAAUGCGCCGGCAAUGGCGGUCGCCUACUUCCUGGUGAAGUACCACGACCGCCUGGCCACUACAGUCAUGGUGAUGUCCACGGUGGCUAUAGCCCUAGCGGUCCAGGCUGCACUGGUGGCAUUUGACCUGUCGCUGCCACCAGCUGUACUCAUCAUGUGGAUGAAGCUGCUGCUGAACAUCACCUACGUCGUGCUAUGCGUGCACACGGUCGAGAUGUUCCCGACAGAAGUCCGUAGUGCCGGCUUCUCUGGCGCCUACAUGUGGGGUCGGCUGGGCGCCACUUCUGCCAGCGCCAUUAAGGACAUUGAGAACCAGCUGAUCGGAAGCGUGAAGGCGCUGCCGCUUGCGCUGUCUGCGCUGGCUUUGGCUCUGGCUUCUUUAUUCCUGGUGAAGCUUGGUGAUGAAACGCCCCCUGAGGCGUCAAUGAUGGCGAUGAUGUGGCAUGACGAGUCACAAAGACCACCAAAACGCUGA